AUGAAUACUUUCCUUUUACAAGGCAUAUCUAUAUAUUAAAUAUACUUUAUACUAUACUAUUUUAUAAAUACUUUAAUCUUUUAAACAAUCUACAACAAUAUAAUCAAUAUAUAUGCAAAUUUAUUAUUUGUUCAUUAAUCAAUCAAUUCAUGCCUUCAUUUCAUUUUGGUCAUUGUGUCUUAAUUUAGUUCCCUUUUUUUCAUCAAAAACCUUCAUUAAUGUAUUUUUCUAUCAGGGACUAUAUUACAAGUUAAUUCUUUUUUUAUGUGCAAUCUUAGCUAAUUUAGCUUUGCUUAGCUGAUCAGAAAAUAUAUUGCUUUAUCUAUUACGAAAACUUUAAUGAAUCUCCAAAAAUUUAUUGUGAGAAUUAGUAUUUUAACUUUUUGUUUUACCACUCAAAUUAAAUGA